AUGACGAAUUGGCCAGAUAUUCCUACGACACCGGCCGAAGGCAUCUCGUUCUUCACUCCUGCGAAAAGUCCUACGGCUGGCACAGCGCGGAAUCCCCAAUCAAGCGGGAAGCCGAUUCCUAAACUGUUCCAGCCGUUGACCAUCAGAGGACAAACAUUUCAUAACCGGCUGGGUCUCGCGCCCAUGUGUCAAUACAGCGCUGAUGACGGCCACAUGACUCCAUGGCAUUCGGCUCAUUACGGUGGAAUUGCGCAGCGCGGCCCGGGGAUGAUGAUUAUCGAAGCCACCGGCGUUGUGCCUGAAGGUCGGAUCACGCCUGGCUGCGUCGGGCUGUGGAAGGACACGCAGAUCGCCCCAAUCAGAUCCGUUAUUGAAUUCGCACACAGCCAGGGCCAAAAGAUCGGUAUUCAAUUGGCCCAUGCCGGCCGCAAGGCUUCCACUUUGCCCCCUUGGCUGGGCGGAGGCACUGCAACCAAUGCUGUUGGCGGCUGGGUGGACAAUGUCAAGGCACCCAGUGCCAUCCCCUUCGCCUCGGGGGAUAUCAUACCCAAGGCCAUGACCGAAGCGGACAUUACUGAAGUCAAAGAGGCAUGGAUUGCUUCUACCAAGCGUGCUCUGGCGGCAGGGGCUGAUUUCAUUGAGAUCCAUAAUGCGCAUGGAUACCUGCUUUCCUCUUUCCUGAGUCCCUUGUCGAAUCAGCGGACAGAUAAGUAUGGUGGGAGCUUUGAGAAUCGCAUCCGGCUCUCCCUGGAAAUUGCCCAGUUGACCCGUGACACUGUCGGUCCCAAUAUGCCCGUCUUCUUGCGUGUUUCAGCUACCGACUGGCUGGAGACAAACGAACAAGGGUGGAAGAACGAGGAUACAGUCAAGUUUGCUGAGGCUCUGGCUGUACAGGGCGCGGUGGAUCUUAUCGAUAUUAGCAGUGGUGGUGUACACAGUGCGCAGAAGGUGAAAUCCGGUCCAGCGUUUCAGGUUCCCUUUGCUGCUGCAGUCAAGAAGGCAGUUGGUGAUAGGAUGUUGGUUGCCGCUGUUGGGAUGAUCAACAAUGGAAACUUGGCUGAGGAGAUUCUUAAUGAGAACGAACUCGAUGUGAUUCUGGUUGGGCGAGCGUUUCAGCGUGAUACAGGACUGGCAUGGCAUUUUGCAAAGGACUUGGACGUCGAGAUUGCCAUGGCUGCGCAAAUUCGCUGGGGAUUUACCAGUUCUCGAAAUGCAUCUGAAUACAUCCAGCCCAAUUCUAUGAAGGCAUCUAUCUUUGACUAG